ACAUCACGAGGCCUUUCUGGAAGAAGCGGAAGAAGAGACAACAACAACAACAGCGGCGGCAGCCCUCCGGCUCGGUGACUAACCUUAUAGUUGACGAGAAAGACAACCGAGACAUUAAAUCAUUACCUGUUCGGUACCACAAAGUGCCGGCUGUUCGCGUACGGUUAACACAGCCGUUCCUGUUUACGUUUACUAACAACAUGUCGAUGUUUGGUAAGUUAUUCGGCGGCGGGGGUAAGGGUGGGAAAGCGCCGACACCCCAGGAGGCUAUCCAGCGACUCAGAGAAACCGAGGAGAUGUUGGCCAAAAAACAGGAUUUCUUAGAAAAGAAAAUCGACCAGGAGCUCGUUACGGCGAAGAAGAAUGGCACGAAGAACAAACGAGCGGCUCUGCAGGCCUUGAAAAGGAAAAAGCGUUACGAGAAGCAGCUGGCUCAGAUCGACGGCACGUUGUCUACCAUUGAGUUUCAGAGGGAGGCGCUGGAGAACGCCAACACCAACACAGAAGUGCUCAAGAACAUGGGCUACGCCGCCAAGGCAAUGAAGGCUGCGCACGAAAACAUGGACAUAGACAAAGUGGACGAUCUGAUGGCGGACAUCACAGAACAACAGGAAGUAGCUCAAGAAAUCUCAGAUGUCAUUUCCAGACCGAUCGGUUUUGGAGACGAGUUUGACGAGGAUGAGCUUAUGGCUGAGCUGGAGGAGCUGGAACAGGAAGAGCUGGACAAAAAUCUUCUGGAAAUCCAAGGAACAGAGGACGUUCCUCUACCCAGCGUACCGUCUACGUCACUACCAUCUAGACCAGCCAAGAAGAAGGACGAAGAAGACGAGGACGACAUGGCCGACCUCGAGGCCUGGGCGGCUAACUAAGCUAGCAUGCCCUGCUAGCUAGCUAGUUCCCCUCUCCUGUCUAUCUCUGUGCUGCCAGGCUGCUCCCAGACAUCUGGAAGAGAGACAGGGACUCUGGGCUGCUGAGCUGGCAUGCUGCUCUGUCUUAAAGCCUACGUCCCAAUAUCUAACCAUACCCCCAUCCUAAAGUAUGCACUUGUGCACAUAUUCACUGACUUAAAACGAAAUGAUCCCAGGCUGUUCUCCUCUGAUUUAACGUGACAGUAAGAAUCUCUUUGCUCCAGCUGUACACUCCUCAGUUUUUCUAAAGGGAAUAGGGUAUGGAAAGCCAAUGCCCUAACAGCCUGUUCUGUAUAUCGAAGUUCUCUUCUUUGAGGAAAAAGAGGACAUGAAUGCGCACUUUGGGUAGGAGAGUGCAAGUGCAUACUUGUAGGUGACGGGCGUGUGGAGGACGAGGAUUGUUUCUGGGAGGAAUGUGAAGAAUAAACGGAUGAGUCGGGGAAGAAAAGCAACAAACAGAACAUGAUUCAGCCAUUUUCCUGCUUCCUGCGUUGUCAUCGCUCUGCUCUUCUACAACGAUGACGGCUACCCAUCGUCCACACUAUCUCUGCUAAAUGUCAGCAGCAGCAAAAAAAACCGAUGAAUGAUGAAAAUGUAGGACUUUCUCAUUGACCUAUCGCUGUCGAGAUGCUUACAGCAGUGGGAACAUCUUGUCAGCCAUAUCUCCUACUGAAAUGUCCACAGGCAACAUUUUACUCACUUGUUUGGCACGCUGCAUCUUAUCAGCUAAAUUCCUUAAAUGUCAUGUGAGGGGCGGGGGGAGUUUAUCUUUCCAUCCCUGAACAUUACAGAGGCACCAGCGCCUGGUAGUAAACAUCAGUAAGGUUUCUAUUUUGGACUCUUCUCAGAUCGUCAAGCCCUUAAGGAAUUUGCUUAAAAGCUAAAUGUAAUAAUGAAAUAUGACACGAUCAUUUCCAGUGACUACUCUUCUCUACGUACUUGAUACCUUAACUCGGUGAUUCCCAACCUGUGACCUUUUAGAACAAGUCGACGUGGACCUGUAAUAUGGCUGCCAGAGGGCUCCUUCCAACACCUUGAAAGGUGUCUGCUCCUCAGUUUGAGACUGCACGUGCCUGACACCUCCGUCGCCUUGUCUGUCUGGUUUAAAUUAACGGUGACGUACUCUGAGAAAAUCCUACAUUGGGUGAAUUUAAAGAUGAUGUGUGUGUGGUGUUUUUUCAGCCUUUUGACACAAUGACCUCUUGUGAAUAUUCGGUCACAUUUAAGAUGGUGAGCUGGAUGUUUUUCUUGACUCACCUGUAGAGUAAAAGUGAUUUAAACUUUGAGAGACGAGCAUGACGUGUGUUUUGUCCUCAGGAUGAAACUUCUACCUGCCGCCCCUUUACCUUACAGCUGCAGCUCCUCUUCCCUCCUAUCAGCAGACACGGUUAUAUGCACGGACGGAUUGGGGUCAGUCCAGAAUCAAAAAGACUAAUUUGAACAUAAUUCUUUAAAAAGUACUGAUUUAAAACUUUUAUUAUGAAAAAUCUCCUUAUUUCUGAGCGGGUCGACCCCAGUCCUGAUAUUUAAAGACAAACUGUUGGAAAACAAACUUCAGAAGUGCCACUCGAGUUCUAUCUGGCUGUACAGACACGGUGGGACCUGCGACAAAGACGUCGCACACUGCAGAUGUUUCCGUGUUGCUCUGACGGGUUGUGCACAGUGUAUCAUAAUAAAGUUGGGGUGUGGUGCAAGUAUCAACUCUGUUGUGGCCGUCAGAAAUCUGUAACUUGUACUCGUAUUCAAA